AUGCCGCCAAUGCCAUUCCCUCCUCCUCCCAACGCCAUGGCAUUUCCGUUUCCGCCUCCCCCUCUGCCGGGAUUUCCACCACCCCCGAUCCCUCCUGAAAUGAUUGCUCACUUCAUGAGCAUGAACCAAUUCCCCGGCGGCCCUAUACCGCCACCGCCACCGCCACCGCAGCAGCAGCAGCAGCAGCAACCUCAGUCAUCUAUGUACAACAACCAGUUCGGGCGCGGAAAUGGUGGCUUUAGGGGUCGUGGAAGAGGCGGAUAUGGCCGUGGUGGCUACAGAGGGCAGUACUAG